CUGGUUUCACAUCCCCAAGCAUAAUAAUAUUUGCUUUUCUCUUACAUAUAUAGCAUGGCAUCUCUCCCCGCCAAGGCCAAACUCAUCCUCCCUCUUCUACUGCUACUCGGCGUUGCCACAGCUGCGCCACUGAAUAAAGCCAAGAAAGAGUUUGAUUACUUCACCCUCGCUCUUACUUGGUCUGGCACCAAGUGUUUGAAUGCUAGGGAGUGUUGUUCCAGCAAUGGCUGCUGCAACCCCGACGUUGGAAGUAAAUUCACAAUUCGUGGAUUGUGGCCAGAAUACAAUGAUGGGACUUGGCCCACUUGCUGUAAUGGUACCGCAUUUGACCAAGAUGGGGUCGAUAUCCAACUACUAAUGCCAGACUUGGCAAGGGAUUGGCCAUCGUAUUACUGCACUUUAUCCUCUGCUUGUGGCAGUCCCAAAGGAUCAAAUUGGGCUUAUGAGUGGGUGAAACGUGGAACAUGUGCCUCCCCAGUACUAACAACCAUAUAUGGUUACUUCUCCAAGGCUCUAGAGCUUUCCUCCUCUUUCGAUGUUACUGGGAUUCUGUCGGAAUCUGGAUAUGUAGCAUCGGACUCCGCUAAAUACCUAGUGGGAGGCAUCAUUCAAGCCAUUGAAAAAGAACUUGGGGUAACCCCAAUAUUGUCAUGCUAUGGCGAUGCUGUGAAGGAAGUUCAACUAUGUUUCGAUAAGAACCUCCAGAUUCAAGAAUGCCCUACUAUUGAAAGUGGCAUGCUCUCUAAAUCAGACGAAUGCCCUGGAUUUGUUAGAUUACCAAUAAAGACGGCGCCGGAGAAAAUGAACUAUCUUUCACUCCGUGGUGUGCAGAAUUGGUAGAUCACCAAAUGCAUGCAGGCUGUCCCUUGACAUCUCAUCUGCUCAAUAAUAUAAUGUUAUGAGUUGUAGUAUCAUCAAAAGCUAUCAAAUCAUUAUCCCAAUGUAAGCACACUCUUGUAGUGAAUGUUGUAAUAGUAAAUAAGAUAAAGGGUUCAGUCAUUAAUUAAAUACUACUCCCUCCGUCCCGAA